AUCAGCUGUUGGAAAUAAAACAAGCUAUUUGUCAUCGGUUGGUUUUUCAUACCCAAAAUUUAUAUUAAAGAGGAGGAUACCCACAAGAUUAUUGGGUUCGUCCAUGUCCUAGAGUCAAUUUCUUUAGUUCACUUAUUUUUGAAGCAAUAUUCCUUCAUACGGUUUUUAGUUCGCCUAAGGACUUGGCAAAAUGUUGUCAAUUGGUUCCUUAGCCAAUAUCAAACAUGUUUUGCAAAAGGAACUUUUCAACGGGUGCGGUGAGCGUCUACUGUCUGUGGUUACGGUAACGAAAACAUAUAAAAAGAAACGAGCAUGUUACCUGUGUGUUGUGACUACUCCACCACCAGUGCCAGUCAUAUCAGUUUGCCUGAUAAAGCAAGCUGAACAAAAGGAUGGGGAAUAUAAGAAGAAAAGAGUUUGGCAAUUGGAUGAAAUCAAAUGGCUAGAUGGACGUAGCGAGCAAUUCGACAUACACGAAUUCGAUGUGCAGGUGGAGAAGCUGUACAAAUGGUAUGCAUUGAAUUUACACGAAAGACAGAAUUUUUUAGCAGUGCUCUACAAACAAAUACAAAAACAUGGCCGUGGCACAAAAGCCGAAUUUCGUAACAUACCGAGUGCUUGGCUUAUGGACAAGUCGCCCGAGAAAUUACCGGGCAUUACCAACAGUGGCCUUGGAACAGAAGCAGGCGAAUUAAGAGGACGUGAUGGUCAUCGUAAAGCCGGAACCGAAACCGAGGAUGAAGAAGAAUCCGAAUUCCAAGAAUUCACAGCACUAACAGAAAAAGAAGCUAGCGAGCUAUCAAAGCUUUUUUCCGAAUGCGAUUAUGCUGUAAAAGAUGCGGAAAUGUUAAUAGAAAAACUCUCGAAAGAAUUGCAUGAUCUGGAUGGGGCAAACAUACAAUCUGUAUUGGCUUCCGAGAAACAAGUCAUGAUGCUGAUGGAACAUAUUGACAAGGCAAUUGGUGAGGCGGAUAAAUUUGAGGAGCGCUUAGAUUCGUAUGAAGAAAUUUUAAGUCACGUUAAGGAAACAAUGGAAAAAAUUGGUGGCAAAAAUGCCAUGAUUAAGAUUGCUAAUAACAAUAACAUAAAACUGAAGGAGGAGCUGAGUAAAAUAAUAACUCAACUAGAUUUCCCAGGAUCGUAUCAACAAGUUUUACAAUCGCCUGAUUUGAAAACUGCCGAAGGAAGGAAAGCAGCCAUUGCUGCAGCACAAAGUUUGCAACAGGCAUUGAACAGCGAUAUAGAUCCAUCAUUGCAGCGCUUGGUUGCGGUACGAGACCAAAUGAAACGCUUUGAAAAUUGGAAAAAGAGUUUUUUAGUGCCAGUUAUUAAACACUUGAACUGUCUUUUCAUACAUUUAUCAAAUGAAAUUGGUGACACGCCAUUACCUAGUACAGAGCUGAUACUGCCCAAUCACGCAUCAGUGCAUCAUGAGUUGACGCCUUACACAGAACUAAUGCAUUGGAUAAAAGCAAUGGACCGCAGCAAAUAUGAUGGUCUAACAGCAGUAUAUACAAAAUCUCUUAGUAAAAUCUAUGAACGAGAUAUACGGAAUUUUUUCAAUUUGGCCAAGAUGCAAAUAUCCGAUAAGCUUCGCAGUUCUCGAGAAGAUCUAGACGUGUCAUCCUCUACAACUUCAAAGAAGAAUGCUGUAUCAUCUGUUCCCCAUGGAACCUUGGGUGUUAAUCGAGACCAGUGGGGACCUGGGGUGGAUUCAGUUGAUCGUGACCGUUUUGAUGCCGUUUUGGAAAAAGUUUUGGCAGAAUUGGAGCCUAUAGCUUUGCAAGAGCAAAGGUUUUGUAUAAAUUUCUUUCAAAUGGAUGUUGUGAGUCCUUCUGCGAAAUCUGUCGGCUUGGAUGUAAUGGAAAAGAGUACGGAUAUGUCCCAAUCUCUACUGUUGUCACCCUCAUCGACAGCUGGCGGCAAUGAUGGCACUCAAUUUCCUCAGAAAAAACUCGACCGUCAGAUUAACGAAGAAGUACGUCGUCUUAUGAAUGCCCUUUUUGGCUGUUUGGAACAGGAACUUGUAAACUUUAUACAAAGUUUUGAACGUUUUGAUUGUUUCUAUUCGCUUUAUGUGUUGGAGCGUUUAACGCAACACGUGAUGUCUGCACAAGAUACACAUUCCUUUUUAAGCAUGACUUUUGCAUCGGUACUAGUGCAAGUAAAACGAAACUUUGAUCGAUUUAUGCAGCAACAAUUGCAGUCUAUACGAGAUGCCAAACUACCCAAACGUUCAAAAUGUGGCAUUUUGCCAUAUGUGGAGAAUUUUGAGUACUUCUCUCAAACGACAGAAGAUUUCUUUCGAAAAUCGACGCGACGGACAGACAUGGAGAAAUAUAUUCAAUUGAUAAAUGCCAUAUUUGAAGGCAUUAAUAUGAAUGCCAAGGAGCAUCCGAAGACUCCGUUGCAAGUGGUGCGCAUGGAAAACUAUCAUCAUAUGUAUUCGCUGUUGGCCCGCUUGAAAGUUCCAAGUCUCGAUGAGUUGAAAAAAGAAGCGAAGGCACGUUACAACGAAGCUCUUACAAAUUAUGUUAUACAAUAUUUUGGAAGACCAUUGGAGAAACUGAAUCUAUUUUUCGAAGGUGUUCAACAGAAAAUAGCACAAGGCGUUAAGGAAACAGAAAUCAGUUAUCAAAUGGCCUUUUCCAAACAAGAACUACGCAAAGUUAUUAGCCAGUAUCCGGCCCGCGAGGUCAAAAAAGGGAUGGAAAACUUAUACAAGAAAGUAGAAAAACACCUAUGUGAAGAGGAAAAUCUCUUGCAAGUGGUCUGGCAUGCCAUGCAAGAGGAGUUCAUUGUACAGUACAAGUUUUUGGAGGAACGCAUUCAGAAGUGUUAUGCUGGAUCUAUGAUUAGUUUAGAAUUCAACAUACAGGACAUUCUGAAUUUCUUCUCCGACAUUGCACGUUCCCAUUAACGAGAUGCCGUCGUUAAUAAUUCACCCUAGUUAGUCCCGUUAAUUUAAUUUAUUUACUCCACUAUGUACAACAAACAUAAAUUAAAUAAUCUGUUAAUAUUAUAUACAAAUACACUUAAUUAAGUUUUCA